UUAGACUUCAGUCAUUCUCAGUUGAGGCCACUGGAGAAUCUCUCCUCAACUCAACCUAUAAAGAUUUCGAGGCACCGAAUCGUUCCUCAGUCAUAAAAUUCCGCUGUCGGAUGGAAGAAGAAAGAACAUCGCAAGACAAGUUGGCAAAAGCCACACACUAUAAUCUUCCAGACGCAACCGAAGUUUACAUCAUGUCGGCCCAGCGAUCCUCCGGCCUUCGCCUACCAGCUUUGAUGCUGGCCUUGCUGUCGGUGUUCGCCGCGAUACCGAGCCACCAUGCCAGGCCACGGCCCGCGAUGCAGAAACGAAAAUCCCCCACGAGGCUAGGCGCUCCUAGUCACACCGAGCUCUUCAAAAUGUACGAUGUCGACUCGAACAGCUUCCUCGAGCCCAUUGAGGUGAUGUUGUUGCUGCAGCGACCAGACCAAGUCAAUGCUGUGGACGAAUUCGUCCUCAAGCUGAAGACGGUCUUCAACAAGGCCGAAACCAACGGGGAUGGGAAGUUGGACAUUGAAGAGUUUGACAGGGCUGUUUCAGCCGAGCCACGUGCUCCAACUCAGGUUGAGGCAUCCGGGACUUUUGAACUCUUUGACGAAAAUGGGGACCAAGUGCUGAAUUACAACGAGGUGGCCAAUGCCAUUCAACGGAUGACUGAGAAUAUACCCUCCAGCGACUUCAUCGAGCAGAUGUUCGCCCGUACUGACACAAAUGGUGAUGGUGCCAUUGACCAAAACGAGUUCACUCGAGCCAUGCAGGUGCAAGACCAGAGUGAAAUACCCAUAUAACGACCAACCAAAAGCAUCAACCUGCUGGACCUUCACACGGCGGUAGAAAAAAUAGAACAAAAAACCACGAGUUAUGAAAACUACUUCUGCUACACAGGUAUAUACACAAGGCCUGUCAGAAAAAUCACGCGACCCGAUGUCAAAAUAAAUUGUACUCCAGUCUUUGCUGUCCAUUCAAAAGGAGCCAGUACAGUGGCCCUUGCUUUCCACUAUCCAUGGAGCUCUAUAGGGAAGCACACACGUAUGAAUGUGUGGCUUACAGUUGCAGACUCUACUCUCACUUAAAUUAUAAAAAGUACAUCAAGUGAGUAUUAAGCUCACGCCAUUUACUGCGUUUGCAUAUAGACGAAUGGUUAAAAACGUGUAGCUUACCACUGUGUCUGUAUGUACAAGUGGCUCAAAAUGUACAUGUACAUAUCAGAUUUUCAUUUGGUGUUUGUUGUGUAUUAAAAUUGAAGCGAAAAACAUUUUAAUUAAUGGGUAAGGAUGUUCAAGGAAAAGUUAAAUGGAGGAACAUCUGUUUUGAACAGGCAGGGAUGAAGAACAUUAACCAUAUACGGCAGACGUAUGAGCCAUGUGAAUUUAUUUUUAAAAAAAUCAUACUCGUGAGGGAACUGCUAAUUAUGACAGGGAUAAAGACAUGAAUUUUGCAUUAAACCACAACACUGCAGAUGCUCGUGCCUUGUGAAUUAAUUAAAAAUAUCAUGCUCCUGAAGGAAUUAUCACACUUCCGGCGGUAUCUUGCAAUGUACUACGAUUGCUGUUUGAUGUUCAUGUUAGCAUCUGCUGCUUAGGUUUAGGCUGUCAUCACAACAACAAAAAUCUUGAAGUUUCUACGCAUAACCCAAUAUAUAAACCUGUUCCCCGAGGUCGUUGAAGAAAUAAACACAGAAUAAAAUGCA